AACCAGUAGAAUGUAGAUCCUAAACACCCGUUGUUUUUCCCGACGACGUUUACAAACCCUAGAUUUAUGCUUCAUCUUUAUAUGAUUUCCUUGAACUCAAAAAUAUUUUGUUUUUUUCAUACUGUUGAAUUUCUUCAGAAUUUGUGUUUACGGUAGUUGUUGUGCGGAGGAUUUGAACGAAUUUUGCGGAUUUCAGAUUUGAGUCAAAGAUCUGUUCUUCGUAUCUCCGUUAUCAGCGUAAAUAUUAAGAUCUGGGUGGAAAUUUUAUCAUGUAUCCGUGUAGUUUUAUAAUGAAACAUGUAUCCAUCUGAGAUGUGUAUCAGGUUUGGUCUGGAAGUUCUGCUUUUCAUUCUGAAUCUGUGUGCUUUUAGGAUUGGAUGAUGGUAUGAUUAAUCUACUUGAUUAUGUACCCCUUUUCUAGCACUUACGAAAUGGAAAAGAAAUGAAAUUGACGACAACACGAGGUUUCGUUUCCCAUUUCGCACGGUUUUAAUGGGUUUUUUUGUGACUGUUUUCAUUCUUUUAGGCUUCUGUAACGGGUUUCUAACGGAGGUUUAUUCCGUGGAGGCAACGGUAUGUGCCACUUCUCUUCAAAGAAAGAACUCAUCUUGCUGUUGCAGACCUGCACCGUGUUCAUAAUUGGUCUCUUUGAAUCUGGUUAAUGAGGAGCGUUGGGUUGAGUACUAGUAUUCCAGCAACAAAAGGAUCGGCAGAACUUAAUCACCAUAAACGCAAGGAUCUUAAAGAAGUGAGAAAUGGAGCUGCAUUCGAUGGCCAAAGGCUGUCUGAAGAAGACGAUUCCAGGAUUAACGACGAUGUCAAUGGUAGUAGACGCAUAGAGUUGCUCAUAUCCCAUGAUGCUGUUCAGAGACACCAUCAACAACCACAAGGAUCUCUGGUUCAAUGGGAGAGGUUUUUACCCACUAGGUCUCUCAAAGUUCUCCUGGUAGAAGAUGAUGACUCAACUCGUCAUGUUGUCAGUGCUCUCCUCCGUAAUUGCAGCUAUGAAGUUACUGCUGUAGCAAAUGGUGUAGAAGCAUGGAAAGUACUGAUUGAUCUCAACAAACAAAUCGAUCUUGUUUUAACUGAGGUAGUCAUGCCGUAUCUAUCAGGAGUUGGACUUUUGUCCAAGAUCAUGAACCAUGCACCUCGCAAGAAUAUUCCAGUGAUCAUGAUGUCAUCUGAUGAUUCUAUGGGCAUAGUCUUUAACUGUUUAUCAAAAGGUGCAGUUGACUUUUUAGUCAAACCUAUUCGAAAGAAUGAGCUUAAAAACCUUUGGCAGCAUGUGUGGAGAAAAUGUCACAGUUCUAGCGGUAGUGAGAGUGAGAGUGGCAUUCGUGCUCCUAAACCUAUCAAAGUGAGAAGUGAUGAUGUGUCGGAUGAUGGUGAUGGCAGUGAUGAUGAUGAUGAUGAUGAUGAUAACGAUGAUGAUGAUGAUGACGAUGAUGAUGACAGGAGCAUAGGUUUGACAGCUAAGGAUGGAAGUGACAAUGGAAGUGGUACUCAGAGUUCAUGGUCAAAAAGAGCAGUAGAAGUUGAAAGCACAAAGUAUUCAUGGGACCAAUUACCAACCUCAACCCCUCCUGAUAGCACUUGUGCACAGGUCAUCCGUACAAGGGCAGAAACGUCCAAUAAUUAUCACCCAAAACCAGUUGCCACAAAAGACCAUGCUGGAGAAGAUGAUAAAAUAGCAGAUACAGUUCUAAUGGGCAAAGAUCUGGGAAUCGGAGUUUCUAGAAACUCAGGAAAAUUUAUCGAAUCAAACUCAAAGGAAGAGAGUGAACAAAGGACCAAAUGUAUGACAUUUGCCAAAGCAAAUGACGUUCCUGCCCUUGAGCUCAGUUUAAAAAGACCACGUGAUUUGGAGGAUACUGAUACAACAAGCACUCAUAGACGAAAUGUUUUAAAACAGUCUGACCUUUCAGCCUUCUCAAGGUAUAACAACAACACUACAUCAGAAACAGCAAAACCCUUGAAAAUACAAUCUAACUCAAACGGAGCUCCAAAUCAACGUUCUAAUGGCAGUAGCACUCACAAUAACGACAUGGGCUCAAGCACUAACAACGCGUUUGCCAAACCGGAACCACUUCCAGAUGACAAAUCAACGCCGCCACCUGGCGACGGUGACACCACAAACUUCCAAGUCCGCCACCACCACCACCAUUACCACCACCACCACCACCAUGUCCACAAGACACAACCACAACAAAAAGCUAACCAGGAGGAUGAUGAUGGAUCUUCAAGAAACAAGGCGGUUGCACCUGUGGAAGGAGAUGCUGCAAACUAUGGAAGUGCAUCGGGAAGUAACAAUAAGAGUAAUGGAGAGAAUGGUGGAAGUAGUGGACAAAAGGGUGGUGGCUAUGGUGGUGGAGGUGAAGGCGGCGAUAAUGGAGUUGUUGCUGAAAAGGGUAAAAUUGGAAAUGGUAGUGGAAGUGGAAGCGGAAGCGGAAGUGGGGUUGAUAAAGACCGGUUAGCACAAAGAGAAGCUGCACUAAAUAAGUUCCGCCAAAAGAGGAAAGAUAGAUGUUUCGAGAAAAAGGUGAGGUACCAUAGCAGGAAAAAGCUGGCGGAACAGAGGCCAAGGGUCCGGGGGCAAUUUGUCCGACAAGAGGUGAAUGGGAAGGAUGCAGGUUCAUAACAUAACACAUGUUUGGGGUAAUGGCCAAUGGGACAAUGUAAUGUAUAUGAAGAUGAAGAUGAUAAGAUGAAUGGUGGUGGUGUUGUAGAUAUAUCCGUAUAUGAAGGGAACAUUUUUCAGAAAGAAGAAAAAAGAAAAAAAGAAAAAACAAAUAGCAGAUUCCGCUUGUUUGUGUGGUAAGUUUCUGUUGUUAAAAGACUUUAUUUAUAGGUUUGUUGGUUUGAUCCUAAAAAGGGAAAAACUUUAUGCAUGCCCAUUAAAGAAUUAUUCUUCAAUUUCAAUUUCAUUUUUAAUUUUGUUGUUGAACGAAUGCUACUCUAGUUUUUCUCUUCAAGAAACUUUAUGCACUCUUCUUUAAUGCUUCA